AGGUUGAGUUUUCCUUUGAUACUCUGAUUAAAACUUGGUAGAGUGAAAAACUGAGGAAAGAAAAUGAUGGAGAUCUCUAUUAUUGAAAAUGUCGAGAGGCUAUGGGAUUUAUGGAACAUCAGAUCAUUCAUUAUUCUAAGCCUCUCGCUGCAGACUUUCUUAAUUCUGUGUGCACUGCUAAGAAAAAUAACAUGGAGAAAAUGGGGAAUAUUGCUUUGGUCAGCAUACUUGCUCGCAGACUGGGUAGCCAGCCUCGCCAUUGGAUCCAUCUUAAGCAACGAGAAGAAAAGUGCUACUAGAAGUACUGACAUCCAGGUGUUUUGGGCACCCUUUCUCCUAUUACACCUCGGGGGCCCGGACACCAUUACUUCCUUUGCUCUUGAGGAUAAUGAGUUUUGGGUGAGGCACUUGCUUGGGCUUGCAUUGCAGGUUGGUUCUACGCUCUAUGUCUUCAUCUCGUCCCUCCCAAAGAACAAGCUGUGGCUCCCAACCAUCCUAGUGCUAAUUGCAGGAAUAAUCAAAUAUGCAGAGCGGAACCGUGCCUUCUAUCUCGCAAGCUUUGACCAUCUUGGAGGCAAUUGGGUGGCUAGCAAAUGGAAAGAUGGAAUUCACAUUCCAGAACAAUUCCAAGAGAGGGAUAGCCAGGUGACUUUUGAUAAUGGUUCCAAGUCAAAACUGUGGAGUGCAGUUCACCACUUUGGCAGUAUCAAGAGGAUAUUUGUAGGUCCCCUGUUAACUCAAGAUCAAUGCUCUGAUAUCAGAGACACCUUUGUCCAAGAAGGGCCUGAUGAUGCAUUACAAAUAAUGGAGAUUGAGCUAAGCCUCUUGUAUGAGAUGCUCCAUACCAAGUUGCCUGUGGUUGAUUGCAUGACUGGAUACGUCUUCAGGGCCAUAAGUCUGGUUUGCAUUUUGGGAGCCUUGUUGUCGUUCUCAUUACUUAAGAAGCACCAUGAGCUGUUUGACAUCGUGCUUACCUAUGGGUUGCUGGUCGGAGGCUUCGUGUUGGAUUUGAUAUCUGUCAUCUUACAGUACUACUGCUCCGAUUGGAUACUUGUUGCUCACUUGCAAAACAAGGAGGAUAAAUUCAUCGACAGGAAAAGGUGGUCUAAUGUAGUUUCCCAGUUAAAUUUUAUUACUUAUCAUUUUAAGGAUAGUCCAUCUUGGUUGAAAAAUGUUGCUGAUUUUCUUUGCAUGAAGAGUUUGUUGGAAGCGUAUAGAGGAUUAAAAUGUCUGUGCCGCGAAAGAUUCAGAAGGCAAGAAUGGCACUUCAUUUUCGAGGAAGUGAAACAAUUGAAUAAGUUUUUAAAUCAAAAAGCAAAAGACUCGUCUAAGACUGUACUAGAUGCCAAGGAAGUUUUGUUUUACAGCCGUCAACUAGUUCUUCAGAAAUUUUCUGAGCAACUCAUCCAGAUCACCAAGGACUUGCAUCACACGGAAAGCGUUCUAACAUGGCAUAUAGCAACUGAAUUAUGCUACCGAGCAGACCAAGCGCCUAAGUCUGAUGAGUACAAAGCAAUAUGCAAGAAAUUUUCAGAUUAUAUGUUCUAUCUUGAAGUAAUGCAGCCCACCAUGAUGGCAGCCGUAUCAGACAAAUGGAAAAUGGUAUUUGAAGACACAUUGCGGCAGACCGAGUCGUUUGUAAGAAGGAAUUCAAUCUCAAAUGAACAGGAAGCCGGCGGAAAAAUCCUUCAAGGGGAGACGGAUAAAAUGAAAAGAAGAGAGAAAAUUCUUGGAGUGAACAACUCUGUGCUGCCUGCUGCAAUUGAUCUUGCCCAAGAGCUGAAGCAGUCGGGCGGUUCUUAUCCGUGGGAAUCAAUGAGUAAAGUUUGGGUACAACUAAUGUGCAUUGCUGCUAUUAAUUGCAGGCCAAGUGUACAUGCACAACAACCAAGUAAGGGCGGAGAACUUCUCACAUUCAAUUUCUCCAACGAACUCCUUAGUUCUCGACCGUCAUUCUCCUCUCUCACUGGGGAUCUCCAUAUAAAACUCUCAAACCUCCUUUUCCUGAAGGGGCUCCAGAUUUUUCUUCCUCUCCGACCUCCUCUCGGUUCCUCUCCUGCUUUCACAUCCUUCCUCUUGCGAUAUCGCCACCUCUCUAGAUGUCAUCUUUCUCUUCCGAUCUCCCUCUCCCUUGGAUCCUCAAUCUUUCAUCUCCGACUCUAUUCCAAAACCACUACUAGAUCUCUGGAACGACAAUCUGGUUUCAGGUCCAGAACUCAACGGCGGAUUCCAGGUAUUCUCUUAUUUUCCGAGUCCGAUUCCAGUGCCGUUUCUGCAGUUCCUGCUUGGAUCUCGGAGGUUCCGGUGCCCCUCCAUCACUAUCCAGAUUCCAAUGUCGUUUCCAGCUCUGGUGUGCUUAAUCCCGGCGAUUCAGUAACCUUAGACCUCUUUCGGUAAACCUCUCUUCACUUAGCAUUUGUAUAUUAGGUCUAAAUUCCUCUUCCUUUAUUUUUUCGAUUAAUCUUCCUUAAUCUCUGGCGAUUUAGAUCCAAUAUUGAAGUACUUAGGGGACAGAGGGCUAGGUGGAGCCCACCGGAUUGGCCCGCUUUGCUGCCCCUGCUCUGUUUGUUUGUUGGGUUAAUAAGGUUGAAGAUGAGAUUUCUGUUGAUUUGUGAUGUUUUCCAUCUCUGUUUCUGUUUUGCGAAUUUGUUUGCAUUUUCUCUGAAUUUAAUUGGCUUUUGAUAGACCUGUGCAUUCUGAAAUUUCUGAUAGCAUCUUGAAAUUGCAGUAUUAUUUUCAUAUCUCUGCUUAGUUCAUUAUUUUCUGCAUAGUUGGAUUUGCACACGUCUUCAUCUCAUUACUCAGAUCUGAUCAUCCUUGUAAAUUUCAUGACUUCGUAAAUUGUUAAUAAAUACUGUGCUUGCUACAUUCAUUUUUUCUUUAGGUCUGUCAUGGCAUUUGAAACUUGUCACUAUAUAUCCCUUCGUUUGGGCAUAAUUCCCGAGGACAAGCAUUAAAAAAAAAUCUGUUUCUGUUUGAUUUGGUUUUUCGAUAUACGAUAUACUAACCAUUUUGUACUCAUACAGUCCAGUGGACUUUCCUUUGCUCCCUGCGUUGUACAAAUUGAUCUUUCAAGCAUGCUUUUUUCCUUAUACAACCUAAAAAAUAUAUUCUGUUCCAUGCGUCCUAAUUUUCCCUUUGGAAUUUUGUUUAUCUCGGGUUGUUCACCUAGCAUGCUGUUUGAAGGAACUUCCUUACUUUGAUGAUAUCUGCAGAAAGGGUAUAAUGUUCUUUAGUUUGGGACAGCAAUACUUCGGUGUACUUUAUUUGAAAAGGAAUGAAAAACCCAUGUUUGU